UGAAUUCUAUCAUACGGAUCAAUUAUUAUUAGUUUCUUUAAUUUUUUUGUAAAUUAUAAAGUCAAAGAAAUACUUUCAAUUAACCAAAGUUUGAUAUAAUUCCAAAUUAAAUAUGAAUAUUAAUUACUGCUAAUGGAUUCAGUUUUUCAACUGAGCUAAUAAUAAACAAUGAUCAAUUAACACUUCCUGAACUGUGUGAGUUAAAAUUUUAAUCUCAUUACAUGAUAAAAAAUGUCCAUUGACGUUUGUGAUAAAUUAAUAAAUAAAGUUUAUAUGUAGCUUGAUAUAUGUAUUUACAAGUUAACGGUAUAUAGUACGGAUACCUAACUAAACCUGCGCUAAAAGAGAGUGAAUAAUAUAAGUAGCAAGUGCUUCACAUAUAUACUCAUUGACUCACAACGCAAUUUUGCUACGGCGCAUUUGCCAAUGUCGUUCAACGUUUAUUAUUGACGUUUACAAAAGUGUAAUUUUUUUGUUUAAAAAUUAAUACAAUCAUGAUGGAAUCAGAAAUAAAAUGUACAGAUAGGCCGAAUCAAUCUAAAAGCACGCCACCAACACUAUUAUCAAGUUUACGAAGUGUUUUGUUUGUUAUUGGAACCGUAGUUAUCGGUUUUGCAGCAUUUUGCAACUCUUUAACAUGGUAUUUACAAAGAUUGUGGGGAGCUUCUGGAGAUUUUUGGCAAGCACGAUGGGACGAAAUUCUAGAUACAAUCGGCGAUGAUCCUAUAACUCUUUGGGUUUAUGGCUCUUUAGUGCUUACAUUUUUAGUUUAUUGGAUUUUUGGUGGAAUCUAUACGUUUUUAGAUGUAACCAAUCGACCUGUAGCUCUACGUCGCUACAAAAUACAGCCCGGAACAAAUGAACCCGUGAAUACCAAAGACUUAUUAAAAGUUAUUGUUCAAGUAUUAUUCAAUCAAAUCAUCGUUGGACUACCAGUCAUUUAUUUAAGUUACUUUCUUAUGGAAUGGAGGGGAUAUCCUUCAGUGCGAAAAUUACCUACUUUCCAUUGGGCUCUUGCUGAAAUAGCAGUCCAUAUUUUAUUUGAAGAAAUUGGCUUUUAUUAUUCGCACAGAUUACUUCAUAGUCGAUUUCUGUAUAAAUAUAUCCAUAAACGACAUCAUCAGUGGACUGCCCCAGUGGCUGUGACAGCACUUUAUUGUCAUCCUUUGGAACAUAUUGGUUCAAACCUGAUUCCUCCGUUUCUAGGAGUCUUUAUCGUCGGUUCUCAUGUUGCAACAGCUUGGCUUUGGUUCUCUCUAGCUAUUCUAUCAACCUUGAAUGCUCAUUCAGGCUAUCAUCUGCCGUUUUUCCCGUCUCCGGAAGCUCACGAUUUCCAUCAUUUAAAAUUCAAUCAAUGCUACGGUGUCUUAGGUGUUUUAGAUCGUUUGCAUGGAACUGAUACACAAUUCCGUAAUUCAACUGCAUGUGCACGACAUAUAAUGAUGUUAAGUCUUGUUCCAGCGAGAGAAGCAUUUCCGGAUAAGGAAAUGAAGUAUAGUAAAUCAACGUAAUUAUUGAUAUUUCAUUAAUAUUUAUGAAAGAUACGUUUUUUACUAUAUGUCUAUUAAUAUCUAUUUAAAUAAUCUCGUGUUUCCAAUUGAGUUUUAAUGAAAUUUUCUUUUCUAAGCAGAGAAAUUAUUUUUUAACUUUUAAUAUGUCAAUUAAAUAAUUUUAUGCAUAUAUGUAUUUUAUACAUUUAUUUUCAUAUCAUUCUUACAACUUAUACGAUUGCUACUACUAUUAUUACUUUAUUU